CUCUCCCGGUUCAUUGACAUGACAUUGCAAUUUUCCCGGUUCUAGCGCAAUUUUGUAGUGGAUUUUUCAAUAAAAAUGUACGCGACUUUCCGCAAGAAUUUCACACUAAUCGCCGCGGUGGUGUGUCUGGUGGUCAUUCUUCAUGCAUUCCCUGCCGACGCAAAUGCAGAGAAGGGCGCCCACAUCUCGAAAUUCAGCCAAAAUGUUGGCCCGACAAUGACUAUUCUGUAUUGUUACUCCUGCGGCUACCGGAAGGCAUUUGAGGACUACGUGAACAUCCUGAAUGAGAAGUACCCGGAGAUCCUCGUGAAAGGUGCCAACUAUGAUCCGCCCGGUUUCAACAUGCACCUCUCCCGGAUCGUGCUGGUGACGAAACUUCUACUCAUCAUAGUCAUUGUAUCGUCCUUCGACCUGUUCGGCUAUCUUGGCCAACCGAUUCCCGGCUGGUGGCGAUGGUGCAUCGAGAACAAGAUCUACGCCUGCAUGAUGAUCUUCUUCGUGGGCAACAUGCUGGAGGCCCAGCUGAUAUCAUCGGGCGCCUUCGAGAUCGCCCUCAACGACGUUCCGGUGUGGUCGAAACUGCAAACGGGUCGCAUUCCAUCACCCCAGGAACUCUUCCAGAUCAUCGAGAGCCACCUGCAGUUCAACGAUAAGAUAGGCCACAACCCCAACUAUGUCAAAUAGGCUCCCAGAGCCGCUACUGUGUCACCCCCGAAAAGUCCUCAGUGUCAUCCGUUUGUCGUGCGUGGAUCAAGGUAAUUUAAUUUAGAUGGAAACAUCUGUAAACUAUAAAGUGUAUAAUCAGUGGGUAGCGUCAUGUCUUAGAUUCUCGUGUAAGAAAUACCAAUCGAUGAUGGGCAGAUAUAUCGCGUACUAAAGAGUGUUUUAUGAUAUUGAAUAAAUGAUAGAGUACGGAA